CAAAAUACUCCAUUAUUUGAAAUCAAAACUUUCAUCUUUAACGCGCAUCAUCAGCUCUGGCACUCUAGUCUAGGGGAAGACCAGAGAGGCGCGUCACUGGCGGAACAAAUUGAUGAAUCCACCUUCUGCACAAUAAAUGAUGAUGCCCCCACACGGAUUAUGAGUAAAUGCGCCAGCUCUCCAGACAUCACAAUAGCGAGCCCUGGUCUGAUAAACUACUCAACGUGGAGAGCAGUAGUUUCUCUAGCCUCAGACCACUUACCCAUAAUCGUUGGUCUGGAUCGACCCAAUGACUUUAUCGUCUCUGAACGCCGUCUCUACAUAAACCAAAAGAAAGCAGACUGGCCCGGCUUCAGAGAAUUCACUGAUCGCAUCUUCAAUGAUCUUCCAGCUCCUAGCAACGUACACCAGGCAGAGAGCAAGUUCUGCGAAACCGUCAUCGCAGCAGUAGCCCUCUUUAUUCCUGCUGGUCGACUAUCCUUAGUGCGACCGCACUUCCCAGCAGAGGCAGCGAGACUAGCAGAUGAGCGCGACGACCUCCGAAAUAUCAACCCCGACGACCCACGUAUUGUCCAGCUGAAUCAUGAUAUCAGCAGGUUGGUAAAUGAGAACAAGCGGAAUAAAUGGUUAGAUCAUUUGAAGAACUGCAACUUGAGCUCAGGUGUUAGUAAGUUGUGGUCUACGGUUCGGUCUCUCUCCAACCCGAGACGAACGGGGAGUCGAGUACUUGACAAUGGUUUUUAACUUGUCAAUGAGCAGCCUGAUAAUACCCAAUGUCUGGAAAGAGGGUAGAGUCAUCCCGAUACUGAA